GAACAUAAUCUAACACAAAAUCAAUAAAAAUGGAGAUAGCACCUCACCUCAACCUCAACUAUACCUUUUCUUUUCUUUUCUUCUUUCUCUUUAUUUUUUUAUCCAAGUACGUAAAAAGACCGACCCCUCACAUAAUCUCUUCUCUGCCCCCUUUAUAUUCUCCACUCUUCUUCACUCUCUCAGUUUCUCAUCUCAUCUCAAAAUCUCAACAUCAAAAGAAGAAGAAGAAGAAGAAGAAAAUAAAGAAGGCAGCUGAUGGGUAACUAUCGGUUCAAGCUAUCGGAGUUAAUCCCUAACGCAUGGUUUUACAAACUGAGAGACAUGGGAAAGUCAAAGAAACAGCAGAGGCAACGAAACAGCACCAAUAAACACCACUUCUCUGUUCCUCCUACUCCUACGACCACCACAACGGCACGCAGUCCUAGGCCUCCUUCUAGACGCUCUCCCAAAACACCAUCCUCCCGACAGCCCGCCGGGAACCGUCUUCGUCACCGAGCCACCGUCGACUCUAAAUCCUCCACGACUUCCGGUGACAGCACUGCCACCGGAACCGGUUCUUUCUCACCGGAGUUUCGCACAGAUCAAGUUCUCCUCCCCGACGAGUCUCUAGAAGACAGCUCCUGGUUAUCCAGAGCCGCAACCUUUACGCCGCCUCCGGAGCUCGAACUUCGGCCGAUCAUUACCAAACGGGCAACCACCGGGCGGAAGACGGCGGUGAGUUCUCCGGCGGGGGUGAGACUUAGACUGCGGUCGCCGCGGGUCUCGACGAGGAAAUCAGUAUCGGUGAGCAGCAGCGCAAGAAGAAGCGGAAGCGGAAGCGGGUCGUCGGCGAGGCGGAGCAGGGCGGUGGUGAAGGCGUCGGUGGAUCCGAGGAGAGACUUUAAGGAAUCAAUGGAGGAGAUGAUAGCAGAGAACAAGAUAAGAGCGUCAAAGGAUCUAGAAGAGCUUUUGGCUUGCUAUCUCUGUCUCAAUUCAAACGAGUAUCACCCUGUUAUCAUCAAUGUCUUUAAGCAAAUCUGGCUUGAUCUUAAUCUUCCACCUUAAUAUUCCAAUUUAUUAUAUUUUUUUUCUUCCCCUUACUUUAGUAAAAGAAUAAGAUGCAUGUAAAUUAUAUAUAUAGUAUGAUUAUUCUUGUACUAAUAUAACAAUUUGGAUGCAUGGUCGUCUAGAUUAGCAUAUGAUUGUACUUCGGCCAUUCCUUGAAUUAUACGUACUUACACGAAUGGGCGGGGCACA